CCAUACUGGCUCGCUGCUGGUUGCACAUCGUGGCUGUCUAUGGAGAUUCCAAAUUCCACUGGCACAGAAACAAACAGCUAAACAAGCAAUCACAUUUGGUCCAACAAAAUCUGAAAUUUAUAUAGUUUAACCUCUAUUUCUUCAAUAUUCUCAUUCAUUGCCAAAAUGUUUUCAUAAUUACACCAAACAACUGAUAAGGCCAGGAGGAUUGUUUUAGAAGCCAGAAACAACCCGCUUUUCUCUGUGUGUUUCAGGAGCCACGUUAACAUGGUGGAGCAAAGCUCCUCUUCUAAGGUUCAUGCUAUUUACGAUCUCUGCACAACCACCUUCACGCCUUCAGGAAUUCAUUCUUCUUCCUCUGCUAUCCACAAGCUCUGCUCUCUUUUGGACACAGUUCAGCCUGCUGAUGUAGGGCUUAAAGAGGAAAAUCCGGAUGAUGAUCGAGGGCAUGGCUUUUUUGGACUGAACAGGUUAAGUCGGGCAGUUCGAUGGGCACAACCAAUUACGUACAUAGAUAUUUACGAGUGUGAUAGUUUUACGAUGUGUAUAUUCUGCUUUCCUACUUCCUCAGUUAUUCCACUCCAUGAUCAUCCUGGCAUGACUGUUUUCAGCAAAGUUCUCUAUGGCUCCUUGCAUGUGAAAGCUUAUGAUUGGGUCGAACCUACCUGCAUCAACGAAAACAAGGGAUCCGGUUAUCCACCAGUAAAGUUGGCAAAGUUGGCAGUUGAUAAAGUUUUGACAGCUCCAUGUGGGACAUCAGUCUUGUAUCCAAAAAGUGGGGGGAAUCUCCAUUGUUUCACUGCAGUCACCCCUUGUGCUGUGCUUGACAUUCUUACACCAUCUUACAAUGAAGAUGCAGGCAGGAAAUGUACUUACUACCAUGAUUACCCUUAUUCCGCAUGUUCUACAGGAAAUACAAUUGAUUUUAGUGAUGGAAAAGAAGAGGACUAUGCAUGGCUUGCAGAGAUAGCAACGCCAGACGAUCUUUAUAUGCGUCAAGGAGCAUAUGCAGGUCCAGCCAUUAGUGCUUAGUUCUUAUUAUCAGUAGAAUGCAUGGCUGUUCCCUCAUUUGAUUCAAGCUUCAUUGUGAAUAUGCCUGUAAUAGCUUGCUUUCAACUGCAAAUAUCCUGCUAUCUUGUGAGGAUAUCAGCAUUAUAGUUGACACAAUUUUGCAUGUGAAAUUGUACUAAUUGUAUCAUCAGGUCUCCAGUUAGUUUAAUUAUUUAACUUUUACAGGUUUCCCUUUUCAA